AUGUCGCCCAAAAAAUCAAGAUCCAAGCCCAUCAAGACCUACUCGUUGGAGACUGAGUUGGUCUUCAACAAAUCCGCUGACCAGUACAAUUCCUCAGUGGCUCCUUUGUACCAGUCUGCUACUUUCAAACAGGAUUCGUUGUCCAACAUGGGCGAGUACGACUACACUCGUUCAGGAAACCCCACCAGAACUCAUUUGCAGAACCAUUUGGCUCGUAUCAUGAGAGCUAAACAUACCUUUGCCGUGACUUCAGGCAUGGGAUGUCUUGAUGUUAUCACGAGGUUAUUGAAACCAGGUGAUGAAGUAAUUGCUGGUGAUGACUUAUACGGAGGUACAAACCGUUUAUUGACUUACCUUCACAACAAGGGCGACGUCAAGGCUUUCCACUACGAUACUACCAAUACUGAGCUCAUCAAGUCAAAAAUCACCCGCGCUACCAAGAUGAUCUUUUUAGAAUCGCCUACUAAUCCACUUAUCAAGGUUGUAGAUGUUCGUUCCAUUUCUGAACAUGCUCAUAAGGUCAAUCCCGAUGUUGUUGUUGUGUUCGAUAACACCAUGAUGUCACCAAUUUUCAUGACACCUUUGGAUUUGGGAGUAGACAUUCAGUACGAGUCUGCCACCAAGUAUCUUAACGGUCACCACGACAUCAUGGCUGGUGUUAUUGCUACGAGAUCCGACAAGUUUGCUGAGCAGUUGUACAACGUGAUAAAUUCCACCGGAUGCGGGUUGUCUCCGUUUGAUUCGUGGCUCUUGAGUAGAGGUUUGAGAACGUUGGCUAUCAGGGUGGAAAGACAGCAACAGAACUGUAUCAACGUCGCUGAGUUCUUGAAAAACAUUGGCUUCAAGGUCAGGUACCCUGGCUUAAAGGAUCACCCUCAGCACGAAUUACAUAACUCCAUGUGUAGAGGCUAUGGUGCCGUGUUGAGUUUCGAGACUGGCAACAUUAAAUUGUCUGAGAGAAUAGUGGAAAGCACAGAGAUCUUUGGUAUUGCUGUUUCUUUUGGCUGUGUCAACUCGUUGAUCUCAAUGCCUUGUAAGAUGUCGCAUGCCUCAAUUGAUGCUAAGACCAGAGAAGAAAGGGACUUCCCUGAAGACUUGAUCAGAUUAUGUAUCGGUAUCGAAAACUGCGACGACUUGAUCGACGACUUGACCAAAGCGUUGUUGAAGAGUGGAGCCGUCAGAAUUAACGAAAGAGACGAGCUCUUCAACGUUGUUCCUGUGCAGCCUAAGUUGUGA